AUGAAUAUACCCUUGUUAUUCUUAUGGAAGGAAUACCACUAUCUUCACUAAAAUCUGAAACAUUACCUAAUGGGGUAAGGUUGCUAUCCUUUAAUCUAACAGCAACUAAUGCAUCAAAUGGAACUGAUGUUACCUGCCUAGCAUUUGGUGAUGAUGGAAAUGCCACUGAAACUGCCUAUCUCUAUGUUCAAGGUCCACCUGAUAGUGUCAGUAAUUUAACAGGAUAUCAGUUAGAUUCUUGUUGUAUGUUUAUCAGUUGGUAUCCUCCAUUCACACUACCAGGACUAACAGUACAGUAUAUAAUCAGUGUAGGAACUGAUCAACAGUACCUUAAUGACUCUAUCACUAACUACACUUACUGUCCAAUGAACCUAACGAAUAAACAAUAUCUGUUUAACAUUACAACUACUAAUAAAGCUGGGAAUGGAUCUACUAGUAACAUAACUGUUGGAUUUCAAUCAAGUUCACAGAUUUCAAUCAUUUAUCAAGAUUCUUAUACAUAUCGUGUAAACAAUUAUUGGUACCUUUGUUUCCUUUUAUCAGUAAGUUAGCCUAACGUACAACACCCACACAACUUUGUUUACAUUUACAGGCUCAUCAACUAUGUACUGAAGUGCCACUUGUUAAUAUUACAUUAUGUACUGUUAAUAAUGAUUCUUGUUAUUCAUCAAUGAAUAUAACCAUUAAUCAUAGUGCUUAUAAUAACACUUCACUUGUUGUUAUUAUAAAUCUUCCAUCAAGAGAGAUACUGAAUACUAAUAUUAUUUUAUACUAUCAAAAUGGAGUAAAGUUUGAAAGCAACACUAUAGCAAUCAGUACUUAUAAUCUUCAGCAUAUAAUGAUGGUUAAUACUACAUUUAAUGAAGUUUGUCUUCAAUUUCUGUUUGUCAAUGGCAGCACCACUGAUAUUAUUUAUAUUCACAUCACUAAUUAUGAAGAGCCAGUUCAUCAACCAGUGUAUUACAAUAUAUCUUGUAAUGAUCAGUUGAACUUUACUGAGUGUAUUACUAACAUACCAGCUGGUAAUAACUUAACACUGUAUGCAUGUGAAUCAAUGGAGGACUGUACUACUAAUCCUGCUGCUGUAUUAACUGGUAUUAAUAUUGAUAGAAGUAGAACUUCUAUGGUGUCAAGUAAUGAUAUUAUGCCCAAUCCAUCUUCAACUACAUCAAUAUCACUAUCUACAAUUAGUACUACCAUGAUGAUGGAGGAUUGUAAUAUAAGGGAAUGUCAAAGUGAAGUACCUGUUACUAGUGCAGUAUUGAUUAGUGUAUUGAGUGUAUUCCUCAUACUAUCACUAAUGAUUAAUGUUAUUACAUUAACUGUGUGUUACUGCAAGAGGAGACAGGAUGAUCGAAGUUCACAAGAGCAAGAACUAUCAUCAGUUAAUCCACAGUAUGAGAAUGUACAUCUACCAGUUCCACAAUCAGAACUAUCAAUGAAAGAAUGUGCUGCUUAUGGUGUAGUGGUGGGUACUAGAUUGUAAGACUGUGUGAUAAUCAUUGAACUUU